UGGUCAAAUGGAAACUGAAUGCGAAAUCUUUAUGUGAACGUUCAGGAGAGGUCAAACAAACUAUUCUCCGGAAGCUUUCUUUACGUCACGUGCUUAGUUUCCCCUAGCAACAGGGAGACGCUGCUGCGGCGCUGCCUGUGCGAUUCAGAUGUUGUAAAUAAUAUCAGCAGACAUAGGAAAUGAGCAGCCUGUACGAUACAAUGGAACCCAAUGUUGUUGAUGAUGAGAUGCUCAGGAAUGCAGUGGAGGAACAAGGGCCUAAGGAGGAGGCUGGUCGCAUCGCUAAGCUGGAGGGGAUAGACUUUAAGCACGUCACCAGCCUUCGCCUUGAUUUCAGAAACGUUCUGAAAGUAGAUAACCUGUGGCAGUUUCACAGUCUGACAAAGUUGCAGCUGGAUAAUAACGUCAUCGAGAAGAUAAGUGGGUUGGACACCUUGGUGCAUUUAGUCUGGCUUGACUUGUCAUUUAACAAUAUAGAAGUGAUAGAAGGACUGAAUGCACUGACCAAACUGGAGGACCUCAGCCUGUACAACAAUAGGAUUUCUGUGGUGGAGAAUAUGGACGCCCUGUGCAAUCUACAGGUUUUAUCCUUAGGCAACAAUAAUCUGACCUCUCUGGAAAAUCUAAUCUACUUAAGGAAGUUCAAGCAGUUACGUACAUUAAAUCUUGCCGGGAACCCUCUGUCUGAAGAUGACCAAUACAAAAUGUUCAUUGCAGCUCACCUUCCAAAUCUUGUGUACCUGGACUUCAGGAUCUUAGAUGAGAAUAUUAGAGAGAUUGCCAUAAUGAAAUUCCAGUACUCCAUCGAUGAUAUCGCUCACAACGAGAACCAGGCAGAGGGCAAGCAGGAAGCAGAAGAGCAGCGGCAGAGAGAGUUGGAUUUACACAAGGCUGCUUAUGUGGAGCAUCUAAAUGGCCCCUUCCUGUUUGAGAGCAUGUACUCAGAUGAUGUCGAUGGCACCAAACUAUCCAGCGUUCCUGGGGUAGCAGAGUUAAUGGAUUCGUACAGGAAUAAAUGUAUUGAAAUCUGCCAAAACAUAUUUGAAUACGGCAUGAAACAGCAUGAGAAGCGAGAGGCAGAGGUAUCUGUGUUUAAUGAGUGUAUGCAAGAGGCCAUAAUGGAAAAUCAGGAGCAAGGAGCCAAGAGAAUUGAGGAGCUCACAGAAAAGAACUCGGAGAUUUUGAAUGAACUCUCACAGACAAGUAAUCAGGACCUCCUAGACCUUAAAAUCUCACAGUAUAUUGAUGACAUCACCAAGCUGUUGGACUCCCUGAUGACUCUGGAACUGCAGCUGGUAGACCAGAUAGAGGAUAUCAUAAAGGAAUAUGAAAGAAAUGUCUCUGAGAUGGUCUCUACAUUCCUGGAAACUGUACAGGGCUUAAUGGCUCAGAUCAGAGACCUGGAGAAUCAUCAUCAUGAGAAGCUCCUGGAGAUUUCCAUCAACAUACUAGAGAAGGUGCUAAAGGGAGAGAUGGAGGACGAGAUCACAGAUGACCUCAGAAUGAUCUUUGUGGACAAGGACACGGUCAUUAACGCAGUCAGCGCAUCACACGAUACCCACCUGCUGAAAAUCGAUAACCGCGAGGAUGAGCUGGUCACCAAGAUCAACACCUGGGCCAACACCCUCAUUCAAACGGUGCAAAAAGAAGAAACAGAAAGGAACCGCAAGCGAAUACUAGAAAUCACCACGUACAUCGACCACUUACGGGAUGAGCUGGACAACCUAGAGGUGCAUGAGCAGAUAUGAGCCUGUCCUUCAGCCUUGUACCAUAUCCGAGACAGCUAUGUCUGUACUACCCAAUACCAAUAGCUGCUGUCUAGACUUGGACCUCAAGUCUUUAGGAAAAGGCUCAUUUACUUACAACCUCAAGCAUAUUGAGGUUGAGAUAUUAGUUUUGUUAUGCAUCUGUGUCACCUCAUAAUUACUGUAAGUGUACAGAUAACUGUCAGCCUGAACUUGGCAGUUACUACAAGGUCGGUCAGUGGCCAUUCAGCCAAAGCUUCCUCAAUGUAAAUGGACUUCCUGAUGUUCUCAUUAAGGGGUUGUUCACCUUUAAACUAACUUUUAGAAUGACGUGGAGAGUGGUAUUCUAAGACAACUUGCAGUUGGUUUUCAUUUUUUACUUGUGGGUUUUGAGUUAUUAAGCUUAUUCAGCAGCUCUCUGAAUUUAAAUUUCAGCUAUCAGGUUGCUAAGGUCCACAUUACCCUAGCAACUAUGCAUUGAGUUUAACAAAAGACUGGAAUAUGAAUAGGAGAGUGUCUGAGUGCAAAGAUGAGUAAUAAAAAGUAGCAUUAACUAUAAACG